AUGUUAAAAACGAGCAAUAACUUUUAUUAUGUAAUACCUUUCAGGUGUAGCAAGAACAUGAAUAACCUGGUCCUAUCCCUUGCUCCUAAAUUCACAAAAUUGCAGACUUUAAUCCUUCGACAAGAUAAGCCUCAACUAGAGGACAAUGCUGUUGAGACUAUUGCAAAUUUCUGUCAUGACCUGCAAAUCCUGGACCUCAGCAAAAGUUUCAAGCUUACUGAUCGUUCAUUGUAUGCUGUAGCCCUUGGUUGCCGUGAUCUUACAAAACUGAACAUCAGUGGUUGUUCAGCCUUUAGUGACAGUGCCCUGGCUUACCUUGCCAGCUUCUGCCGAAAGCUGAAAGUUUUGAAUCUCUGUGGAUGUGUUAAAGCUGCAUCUGAUACUGCUCUACAGGCUAUUGGACACUAUUGCAAUCAGUUACAGUUUUUGAACCUUGGAUGGUGUGAAAAUGUCAGUGAUGUUGGAGUGAUGAGUUUAGCAUAUGGCUGCCCUGAUCUUAGAACACUUGACUUAUGUGGUUGUGUCCUUAUAACAGGUAUCAUUUAAAAUCUAAGUAGUUUAAUUUUAAAUGCCAAUUGGUCGCGGUAUUCAUAUUUUUGUUGUUUUUCUACCUGACUUGUUUAAUUUCAUUACUCACAACUUUCAUCCCCUAGUGUUCCAUAUUUGAGCUAAUUCUGGGGCUUAGGUGGGUGCUAAUGAGAGACAUGCUGAUAUUAAACUAAUUCAGUAGUUUAAUGUUUAAGUGUUAAUAAAAGGGAAGGAAGCAGCAGGUGGAUGACUGUAUAUGUUCUAGACCACCAUGCGUACAUGUUUAAAUGCACACCAUCUCUUCUAAAUAAUCAACGUUAUGAAUGCACAUAUUUUUUAUCACCAACAAAUACCUGAGUUGUGUUUCCUUAUAGUAAAUUGAUGAGGUUGCUUAACAAGUAGAGGCAACAUAAUGUAUUUGUACAUACGAAGGAGCCUGUUGCAAUACACAUUGGAAACUGAUAGAAGACACAAGCUAAUGAACAAAAA